AGGAGCAGAAUGAAUGCCGAGUCCAGUGCUAAAAUACAGCGCUGGGUACUGGACAUGGGAGGGCCAAGCUGUGGUUCUGUCAUUGAUUCUAUGGAAGACUUCUUGCCAGCCCACCAUCUUCCCAUUUAGAAUGUGGAAAAUGGGAGUACCUUCCAUAUGGCAGCUGGGCCCAACCCACAGGGAGGUGUGUUGCUUCCCUGAGGUUCAGAUAAGGGACACUGAAAUGUAUCAACUGGUAUGGCCCAGUGAUUAUUAUACUCUACUGGUGUUCCAGAUAGGCAGCAACAAGGUCCCAACAAGAAGGCUGAGGUCAGAAAGCUCAUGUGAAACAUUUGGAGCUGCUAAAAGAUCCAUUUCUGCUAAAAUACCGUCCUGUUGACUAUCAUGACUGUGUUAGGAAAGCCUCCCAGAAAUCCUGUAUGUGUGAUGAGAAGUUUCAGGCACAGGUAUUUAAUGAGACAUGAGCCUUUUACUCUGCUCUUUGUGUGUUUUUCCAAUCAGCGAGGAUAACCCUUCUCCACACUGUGUGAAUUCCAUUUCCCAUGGAGCUGGAGCCCACAGCUCAUAGAUGGAGGGAGCAUUGUUCCCUAGCAACCAUCUCUACUCUUGAGCCUUCACCCAGGACCUGCCUGCUUGUACAAACCACCAGUCACCACACAGGGAUCAUGGACCAGAAAUGCCAAGCUCAGGACAACGCAGCAUUAGAAACAGGACAGAAAGGACUCAACGACUGUACUGAAAUGACAAAAAACUACUUGACCUGGGCAUCUCUUUCAGAUUACCAACAGCUGAGUUACAACUUCAACAUUAAUAUCUUCCAAGGUGGUCCACUGAAGAGCCAAAGCUUGAUGAGAGAUUCCUACACCCCUGAUGUAUUUCAGAAGGCAGUCAUAGAUCCCAGGCAUUGGCAUGGAAGGACAAUUAAUGAGCUGGGGAGAUGGUAUGAGAAAUAUUUCCUAGAUCUUAACGUGCAGAAAGCAAUGAAGGAGAAACAUGGGAGGCGUAAAAAAAAAAAAGAUUCCUAGAAGAUGAAGGUUGAAGAUUGGAAUGCAUUCAACAAUGAGUCUUUUCCUUCUACCAUCUAAUAAACCUGCCUGUGAAAUCUGAACCCAUUGCCUGCUAGCUGGCAACAACAGAUUUGUUCCUGGUGCUUUCUCCCCUCUCUAUUAAAGUGUCUCUGGGGAGAGCAGUGUGAAAUAAGUCUGAACAUGCAAACAAACAAAAAAAACCAUCACUGUUGCUCACUGAUACCGUGGGAAGGAUUAGUGUGUGAGGCCUGUACCCUUGGAGAAGGAUGUGGAGAGGUUCCCACAUGGAAAUUCACCUGCUCAGCAUAUAAGUUGGAGCAGGACCUGUGAGUGGUGUAAGAGGGCAGUGGUGGGUGUUUGUGAACAAAUAAUGUUUUCUGGAAGAUUUAUGACACUUUGACAGCUGCCCCAGCACUCCAGGGAGUACAGAGGAUGCACUGGGAACCAACCAGGGUUGUCCCAGCAGCAGAAAUGUGCAAAAGGAAAUGGAAAUCCACCUGAGAAGAGGAGGUAUCAGGGUGUUUGUGAAAGCUCACGCUAUUUACAGGCCAAGCUGGUGAAAAUAAAACCAAAGAAACAACAGCUUAUUCCACCUAAAGGGAACAGGAAAGCUGCAAGAAACCUCAGGACUCCUCCAAUGCACAAAUCACCCCACACCAUGCAUGUACCCUUACUGAAGCUCUCAUAAGCCCCACUUGCCCCUGACAGCCCUUUCCCUAGCCCAGAGGUGACUCUCAGAGAGAAGCACAUGCCUCCAGCAUCCAGUCUGUACAACCUGGAGUUUGGGAGUGUGUCUGGGCAGUAAGUAAGGACCACCCAAGGCCUGAAUGAUGCAGGAUUUGCAGGGUCUUUAGUGCUUCCUGAUGUGUUUUUCUCACAAAUUUAAUGGUCUUUAUUGCAGGACUGCCUUCCAGCUCCAAAGUGUAGCAAUUUGGUGCAGCAAUCACAAAGUAAUUUCUGGGAAUAGCAAUGCCCUGUUCUUCCCUGUCUGGUCCUGAGCUCUCACCAUUUUAGAAGAUUGAUGCUUUGCUCAAUAAUAUGAACUGUUUUGGGACAGAAUUAGGAUCGUUACUUCACCAUUGGCUGGUGAUUAGAUAACAGUAUGCUGACUUUGUUAAAGUAGUGAAGGAGGUUAAAAUUUAACUAAUAUGAUAAUCAAGUGAUAAUCAUUUUCCACAACCAAUAAUUAACCGGAUAUUUCCAGGCAGAUGUCCAAGUCUUUCAAAUUAACUAGACUGGCCAAAUUGCAGCUUGUAGAAGCCUCCCUAUGGGUUUGCUUUGUACAUCAGUACUGAGUGGCUGCUGUCUGAGCACACACCACUCUCGCCUCCCCUGAACAGCACAGCUCUGUAGGAACAGCCGGUUCUCUGUGUUGCAUCCAGCACUGAUGGCCAAUAUAACUCCAGGUACAUAAUGAGUCUUCUGAGACCACAGCAGGUCCUAAUCCAGAAAACAUGGAGCUGAACAGAAACCCACUGAUGAUGUUUGGCGUACUGGAAGCAGGCAGUUCAGGGCAUAGUCAGCUAAUAGGCAACACAUAAUGUGGGAUGAAUCCACAAAUAGAUGUACAAAUUUGUUUCUACUAGACAUUAAAAAUGCUUAUUAGCCAUUAGAGAUAGACACUAGGGCAAGCAGGCAGACUGCAGGAUUAUGGUUCAGCUGGAAGCAAAUGCCCUUUUGCUAUUCAUGGAGGGCUCAUUAAGAGAGUAGAUCAGAAGAGAAAUGCACUGAAAGGUCCUGUUGGUGCACCACUGGGCACAAAAUGGGGUGUUUGCCUCUUGCAGUGAAAUGAAGUCACUGUGUAGACCUUUUACAAAUGAAAAUAUUUUAUAAGCACUUAAAUAGAAUAAAAUACUUGGUGUUGUAUAAUGCACUCAAAUGCGUGACAGCUGUUUGAUGACAAAUGAACAUACCUAUGUCAAUUCCCCUUCAUCUUCUUUGCUUUGCCAAAUGGUACAGCUCAGCCAGGAACAAACACUUUCAGACAGGUGACACAUGAAAGCUGCAAAGAUAACUGAGAUUAUAGCUUUCAGUGAAGCAGCACAGCUGCUGGGGACAAUCAAUACCUGAAGUCUCUGAGUGCUGAACAGACUAAUUUAGCCACAACCUUGGCAAGGAGCAUUUUCCUGUGUGGCACUUUGUGUUGUAGAGUGCUUUGGCUAUCCAAACACAUAUAUGGAAAGCCAGCCUUGGAAUCUCCAGGUACCCUGUCAUAUGCAGUUAGACAAGAACAGAGCUGAAAUAAAUGCUCAUGCUCCCUGCAGCUGAAAUCUCCCUUCUAUCCAUUCUUUGGCUCUCAACAGUUCAUUCCUUCUUGCUUGUUUUGUGCUGGUGUUGGCACUUCCCUGCCCACGCUCUGAACUGAGUCAAACUGAUAAACCAGCAGAAAAUCAAUACAGAAGGAAAAACAAAACCAAACAAAAGUUAACAGGUUAACCAAUUAAAAUUCCUAAGCAAAGGACCUUGUUGCAGAUAAGGCAAUGAGUGAUGGGAUAUGCAGAUGUUAGGAAAGAGGAGUAGAAGGAAAAUGGAGGUGGAAAUGGCCUUUCACUGCCUUUUUUAUGCAGCAAGAAAUUAGUUUGCCUUCACUGUAUUGUCUCACAGAGCUCAGUGCUUUGCAACACAGGUAGCCCGUAUUUAAGUGAUUUUACAGGGUCUGAUCAUUGGGUGGCAGCUCUGAGCCAGCGUUUUUAUCUGACAAGUCAGAAAUUGGAAAAAAGUGUAUUCUUCUCUGGUUUAGCUACACCAUUCACUGAAAUUGCUAUUUAAGAACUGUUUAUGUCAUCCCCAAACAGUCGGUUCACUCGAAAUAUAAUCACACUACAAGGAUUUGAAGUAGAAGAAACCAGUUUCAC